AGUAAUAUAAAAAUGGCUCCAAGGAAUCCGAAAGUUACAAAGGCCUAUGAGGCAAUGAAAGUCUUUGGCUAUACUGCAAAAGAUGUGAAGCCAGUGUUGAAUAACCUUCUGAAACUGUACAACAAAAACUGGGAGCUUAUUGAAGAUGAGAACUAUUCUGCCCUUGUGGAGUCUAUUAUAGACAGCAAGAAGUCAAAGGUAAGGCAUUUGGUAGAUGAGCCGGAAGAAGAUGAACCACCGCUGAAAAGAUCUAGGCUCAGCUCCCAGGGAAAUAAUUCUUCACCUUACGAUCCCAGCCCAAGUGCUGACACAUGUACUUCAGAGUUGCAGAUUCCCAGCAAGCAGAAGAUGUCUGAGUUCACUACUGAGUCUUACGAAACCGAGGAUGUUGAAUUGAAGCCUCUUUCUCUCUUGAACCAUCAUCAGCGCCAAGGCAAGAAACGGAGUUCUUCAGAGGCUUCUCCUGUUUCGGAGUGGGCUAAUGACAUUGUGGUACUUUCUGAUGAUGACAUGGAAGGACCUUGUGCUCUUUCAAAUCCUGCUGUGAUUCCCAAACGAAGACUAACUUUUAAUAGUAGCCCGGAAGAGCCAAAUGUUAUGGGUUCAACUGAUGCAUCCAACCAAGGUGCUCUGGUUGAGUACGACGUUAGUGAUUCUGUGCCCCUCAACGUGCCAUUUUCUGAUAACCUGCCAGGUUUUGAUGUUCCCCUUGCUGUUGUCCCUUCAGAAGGAAAUGAAGAAGGUGCAACAAAUUCAUCACGUCUAGAUAUUGCUUCCUCUUCAAAAGGGGAGGUUAAGAUCUCGUUUGUCUAUAAGCCAAAUUCCUCCUCAGACUUUUGUCCACCAAGUUUAGAUGCAGUCUUAAAGCGGAUGGAGGAAAAGUAUAUAAAGUCUUACGGAUUUUCUCAACCUGGUUUUGCUCUGUUGAGGUUGAUGGAAAAUCUGUGUGAAUGCUAUCUGACAGCUGGCACCAAGGCCAGGGCAGCAAAUGAGCCAUCAGUAGAGUCUCAGAAACUUCAUCCAGUAGGUUUCAAAUUGUCGAAUCUUGUCAAAGUCGUACCUCAAAUUCCAAAAUUUCCAGCUUCAGGAAAUAGGGAUAUAAUCUGCCAUAUGGUGAAUUUUAACGGUACUAGGAUUUACGGUGCUGAAAAUGACAAAACUCUUAAGGUCCUUAAACUCCUUGGGCCUCCAAUGAUGAACAAUUCAGUUUCUGCUUAUUAUAUUGAAGACAUUUCCAUUGGUCAAGAGGAGCACAAAAUUUCGUUAAUUAAUGAAUUCAGCCAUGAGAUUCUUCCAGUCUUCAAGUACAUACCAAAAAACGUCAUUUUCCAAAAUGCAUACGUCAAGUUUCUCCUUGCUCGUAUAUCAGAUGACAACUGUUGUUCAAGCUGCAGCGGGGAUUGUUUGUCUCAAGAUAUACCCUGUGCUUGUGCUGGUGAAACAGGGGGUGAAUUUGCCUACACACCAGGUGGUUUGCUCAAGGAAAAGUUUCUCGAGAAUUGCAUCUCAAUGAAUCGUGAACCCCAAAAGCAUGGUUUAGUAUAUUGUCAAGACUGUCCCCUUGAAAGGUCUAAGAACAAUAGCAUUUCUGGCCUGUGCAAGGGUCAUUUGGUGAGGAAAUUUGUCAAAGAGUGCUGGCAUAAAUGCGGCUGCAGCAAGGGAUGUGGCAAUCGUGUUGUUCAGCGUGGCAUAGCAGUUCCAUUACAGGUGUUUAUGACAGCUGAUGGGAAAGGUUGGGGGCUCAGGGCACUGGAGGAUUUGCCUAGAGGUGCUUUUGUUUGUGAAUAUGUAGGUGAGAUAGUGACCAACACAGAGUUGUAUGAGCGAAACACCCAAACUGCUGAUGAGAGACACACAUAUCCAGUUUUGCUAGAUGCAGACUGGGGUUCGGAAGGUGUCCUGAAGGAUGAGGAAGCACUUUGUUUGGACGCAACUUCCUAUGGCAAUGUUGCAAGGUUCAUUAAUCAUAGAUGUUAUGAAGCUAACUUGAUUGAGAUCCCAGUUGAAGUAGAGACUCCGGAUCAUCACUACUACCAUGUGGCUUUUUUCACUACAAGGAAAGUUAAUGCUUUAGAAGAGUUAACUUGGGAUUAUGGCAUCGACUUCACUGAUCAUAGUCAUCCAGUGAAGGCUUUCAAGUGCUGCUGUGGAAGUAAAGUUUGUCGGGACAUCAGUCUUCGGUGAAAUUAUUUAACAAGUAUAUUGCUUCUUGUACAGUUCUACCUAUCAGCCUUCAGUACAUUGAAAUGUUUAUUAGGUGCUGCAUUUGUUAUAGAAUAGAGUAACUGAAGCUAUUGUUUCACUUCAAAAACCUUGCUGAUUGUCAAGAAGCACUAUUUUGUUUUUCGGGAAAAGAACAGCUGAUGUUAACUAUAGAAAAAAGAACUGCUGAUGUUAUGUACUAUCAAUUGGUGAAAUUGCAUGAGUACGUUGGAAAAACA